GAGAUAUCAUCAAUCAAGCACGAAGGCCUCACGCUCAUGUCGACCUUAAGAACCAUUUUCCUUGUGUGCUUACUGGCUUUCCUGCUAAAACUCUUUUUUUUCUCGCCCAUAUCCAUAUUUUCUGAGCGAGUCCAGUUUCCUUCUCCACCAUCAUCGCCCCUGCUCCUCUCCACCAACGAUUACUUACAGCGAGUGACCAAAGUUGGAGAAGGAUCUCUAGAGAACCCUGAAGAUGUUUGCAUAGACAAAGAAGGCAUUAUUUACACAGCUACAAGGGAUGGUUGGAUUAAGAGAGUGCAUCGAAAUGGUUCUGUGGAAGAUUGGAAGAUGAUCGGCGGCCAAACUUUAAUUGGAGUUGCAAUGUCAGCUGAUGGUAGUGUUCUUGUAUGUGAUAUUGACAAGGGCUUGUUAAAGGUUGACCACGACAGUGUAAAGGUGCUUACUUCCCACAUUAACGAUUCAAAAAUAAGUGUUGUUAAUGAUGUAAUCGAAGCAUCAGAUGGUAGUGUGUACUUCAGUGAUGCAAGUACUAAAUUUGGAGUCCAUAAUUGGUAUCUCAACGUGCUGGAGGGAAUUCCUCAUGGGCGGCUUCUCAAGUAUGACCCACACACCAAGGAAACAACAUUAGUGCUGGAUGGUCUUGGAUUUGCAAAUGGUGUAGCACUUUCACAGGAUCAAGAUUUUCUGGUGGUUUGCGAAUCAUGGAAAUUCCGGUGUCUGAAGCAUUGGCUGAAGGGAGAGCUCAGUGGGAAGACAGAGAUCUUCAUUGAGAGCCUUCCUGAUGCCCCUGAUAACAUCAAUCUUGCACCAGAUGGGUCUUUCUGGAUCGCCCUUAUUGAGUUAAGGACUAAUACAUGGUUAGACUUUGUUCACACAUCAAAGUUAGCCAAGCACCUGGUUGCAAAUUUUCCAAAGCUGGUUGAUCUACUAAAUGGAGCAAAGAGAAAAGCAAUGGCUGUGAAUGUUGGAACCAAUGGAGAGAUCAUUAGGAAGUUUGAUGAUCCAGAUGGAAAGGUUAUGUCCUUUGUUACUUCUGUUCUUGAGUUUGAAGGUCACCUCUACUUGGGAAGCAUGAACUCCAAUUUCAUUGGAAAAUUACAAUUGAAGCAAUUCAACCAUUAGAAUAGAGAAGGAAGAGUUAUACUAUUUAUAGUAUCAGUUCUCCUAGGGCUUGAUAGGGUAGUUCUGGCAAGGUUGGUUUAACAGAUGAUGUAAGCAGAGUCAGAGAACAAAUAAGAUGGACUCUUCAAUAAAAUCUAUUCUCACAUGGUGUGCAUC